CCUCAUUCCCCAGGUAGAAGGAAGUUCCUAUAUUCACCACGUCCGAUGCUUGACAGCAGCAACCGGGGGCUUCUCGCCUGACAGGUAUGAGGAAGAUGAAAACAGCGACUUCACUCUGGUGGUGAGACAGGAGGCCAGUACCCCGGGAAUGAGCCCGAUGCCGUUCCGGCGAGGCUCGAUUCACCUGUCCAGUGAGGGGGUGCAUAGAGACAUCCACGGGAGCCACAGCCCCAAGAAAGAGGGCAGAAGGGGGUGGGGUCGCCAACCUGCCCCUUUCUGAAGCCCCUGGAGCGUCGUUGGAGGUUUAAAUUUGGAGAGCGAGGCGAGGAGUGAAUCGGGCGGUGCCGGUGGACGAGGAACUCCAGCACGGCUCCAGCCACAGGGUUUGCGGGAAGACCAGCGCGCUAACCGAAAGCAGCCGCGGUAGUGCCUCAACCUGAACCGUCAGUCAUCGUCCAUGACUGCAGCCAUCACCCGAUCACCAACCCCGAGAAGAACACACCUCCUUCGAUCACGACCUCCCUUUCGGGAUUCUCUGGGCAGCGGCCUUAUACCAUCAUACUGCCAGCCUUCUUGCGCCCCGCCCAUAUUCUUCCUCGGCCUUUCCUUCGUUCUGAGCUCCAAGCACUGCUCCCCUCUCCGCCGUCCACCUGGUCGUUCGGAGCUUUUACGGCUCAAGUAGUUGAGCUUACAGUUCAACCGUGGCGACUCUUGGUACCUGACAAUAGGUAUAUUCUCAGCCCAUCCCUUCUCAUGCAUUCAUAAAUUCAGGAUCACAGUCGCCACUUGUUUCCGUGUUUACAGUUUCAGAACACUGGUCUAACAGAUGUCGCACCCCGUUGGCCUCACAGACUCGAGAAUUGUUAUGGCAGAGCAGAGCAGCCACGAUGUGGUAGACCA